ACUUAUUUGUCGUGCUCUGCUCUCUACGAUGCCCGACCACAAUGUGGACACCUUCAUCUCUCUCUCCUCCCCGCAAAUGGGGCAAUAUGGGGACACCAAGUACUUGAAGUGGCUCUUUCCACACUACAUGAAGAGCAACCUUUACCGCCUCUGCUACACACAGCUGGGUCAAGAUGUCUCCAUCUGUAACUACUGGAAUGACCCACACCACAGAGAUCUUUACCUCAACAAUAGCAAUUUCUUGGCUGUGUUGAAUGAUGAGAGACUUCACCCCAAUGCAAGUGCAUGGAAGAGAAACCUUUUGCGCAUCCGCAAGCUGAUUCUGAUCGGCGGCCCAGACGAUGGGGUCAUCAUGCCCUGGGAAUCCAGCAUGUUUGCCUUCUAUGAUGUUAAUGAGACGGUGAGGGAAAUGACAUCUCAGCCG